AUGCAUGUUCAGCAUCUGAUUCUUGGUUUCUUCGUCGAUCUUCAGGUUGCGGCGGCGCCGGUGCAGGAGCAAUGCGGCGGCGCCGGUGGGUGGAGGGGUGGUGGCGCGGUGAGGUGCCACCCGUCGCUGUCGACGGAGCGGAAGGCGUCGAUACGGGGAGUCGUCGGGGAGCUGCUCGGGGCGGCCGGCGCCGGCGCGGACAGGGGCCUCAUCUCGCUCGGCGUCGGCGACGCGUCGUCGCACGCAUGCUUCAGGCGCGGCGGCGAGUUCGCCGCCGAGGCCGUCGCCGACGCGGCCAGGUCCGGGGCGUUCGACUGCUACGCGCCGUCGUACGGAUUCCCGGCCGCUCGCCGCGCCGUCGCCGACCACCUGUCCGCCGGCGCGCGCCACCGCACCCGCGACGCCGACGUGUUCAUGACGGUGGGCGGCUCGGGCGCGAUCACCGCGAUCACCACGGUGCUCGGCGGCGCGCCGGGGGCGAACAUCCUGCUGCCGAGGCCGGGCUUCGCGCCGUACGAGGCGGCCUGCGAGCUCGUCGGCGCCGAGCCACGGUUCUACGACCUCCUGCCGCGGCGGGGCUGGGAGGCCGACCUCGCCGGCGUGCGCUCCCUGGCGGACGGCGCGACGGCGGCCAUCGUUGUCAUCAACCCCAACAAUCCCUGUGGCUCGGUGUACUCCGCACAGCACCUUUUCCAGAUUGCUGAAACAGCAAGAGAAUUGGGGAUUCCAGUCAUAGCAGAUGAGGUAUAUGCACAUAUGGUGUUUGGUGGGAGCAAGUUUGUGGCAAUGGCCUCCUUUGCACACAUUACACCAGUGAUCAGCAUUGGAGCACUCUCAAAGAGAUUCAUGCUACCAGGUUGGCGUCUUGGUUGGUUGGCCUUCUGUGACCCCACUGGUGCCCUCAAGCAUGUCAGAACUGCAACAGAAAUGCUACUGAAUGUGACUUCAGGCCCUGCCUCCAUAAUUCAGGCUGCACUUCCUAAGAUUCUCUCAAAUGAGCACACUGAAUUCCAUCGAAACAUUGUGAACUUGCUUGAGUCUGCAGCUGAUACUCUUUACAGAAGAGUGAACCAGACUGAAGCUCUGCAAUGCUACUCAAAACCUCAUGGCUCCAUGUUCAUGAUGGUUGAAGUGAACACUUCCCUUCUAUUCGGUGUUGAAGAUGACAUGGACUUCGCUCGUGAAUUGAUUAAAGAAGAAUCUGUCCUAGUUCUGCCUGGUUCUGUACUUGGGCUAAAGAACUGGAUUAGGAUAUUCUUUGGGGCACCAACUAGUGUGAUAACUGAAGCCUGCGAUAGGAUUGAGGCAUUCUGCCAGAGAAGAGCAGUUCAAGUAAAGCUACUGAAAAAGAAGUUCUGAAGCCAACAAUUAGUUUUUUUUUCUGGCUCAUUAUAACAUGUAUAGAACCUUUUGUAUCCAUUUUAUCGGAUUUUUUCUUUUAACAUAAAUGAUGUGAGAAUUGUAUAUAGAGUAAUUAACAGAUGCUGGCUGAAUUAUAGCUGAUAUUUUCAUAAUGUAAAAUGUUUGUUCUAUAGUUGAAUAAA